UCUCUCUCUCUCUCUCUGUGUCUGGUCUCGACUUUUAUAUUUACCCGCUUCAUCACAAGCCUCUCGCAUCAGUCCCAAGCGCGCGGUUUCUCUUCUUUCCGAGCUCUCUCUGUUUCUUGUUGAUCUCUUUGUGUGCUGUCAGAGAGAGAGAGAGAGAGAGAGAGAAACCAAAGAAAAGAAGAUGGCGAAACAGCAAGGCCGGAGCGUCGGUCUCUUUAUGUGCUUUUGCGCUAUGGUGGCAGCUCAGAACUUGGUCGUUCCUGUGGCUAGUGAGGCCAGCUUUGAGGAAAAUAAGAACUACUACACUCCUGACCCUAAUAUCGGCACUCCUCCUGCAGUUCCACGCGUCAGUCCACCACACAGGACUUCACCGCCGCACGGGCAAGGAAGCACGCCGCCCUACCAUCUGACCCCCACACCGCCGACCCAAAACUGCGGAAACCCGCCGCAUGUCCCGACCCCAUCAACUCCUCGUCGUGGUGGCGGCGGCGGUGGCAGUAGAUCUUACUAUAACCCGCCCCCAUCAACUCCUAGUGGCGGCAGUGGAGGCGGAUCUUACUAUAACCCGCCCCCAUCAACUCCUAGUGGCGGCGGCCGAUCUUACUAUAACCCGCCCCCAUCAACUCCUAGUGGUGGCGGUGGUGGAUCUUACUCUAAUCCACCGGCUUCAGGUGGCACUCCACCGACUCCGGUGAUUGUCUCCCCACCAACCACCCCCAUUAUUAUUCCGGGCACCCCAGCGCUCCCACCAUUCCUACGCCUCCAUUCGAUCCGAACUCAAAUCCCUUCACUGGGACAUGCAAGGUGGUGGGGCACCGUGGGCGGCACGUUCGGUGCCACCAGCAUGCCCGGUUUCCCGUCGAACCUCAACUUGAUGCAAGCACUCUCCAACACCCGCACGGACGGCCUGGGCCAGCUCUACAGAGAAGGAACAGCUUCGCUCCUCAACUCCAUGGUCAACGCCCGGUUCCCUUUACACCACCCAGCAGAAAGCUGCGACGGGUGUGAAGCCGAGAAGCUGAAGUUGAAGCCCGCAGCAAAAGCAGUGAAGACUUCUGCAAAGGCGAUGCCCGGGAAGAAAGCUGUCGAGAAGGUUGCCGCCGCGAAGGUGAAGAAGAAACCGGUGAAGAAGCCGAAAAGCGUGAAGCUGCUGGUGAAGAAGGCCAAGAAGGGGGUCGGUGUUGUGUAG